AGCCGUUCUAACCACAACAUUCCUAUUGCUAAGGAACACCAUUUGGUGCAGUGGUUUUGAAGGUAUUGGUGUAGGUGGAGUUCGUGAAGUGUUUCGUUAGUGCAUAACCUGUCAUGUGAUAGUGCUUAAAUAUCAACUUUACCUAAUUAUCAUGGAUUUCCUCCAUCCUAUCUGCUGGAGUAUUAGAUUAUGAAAAUUGAGAGAUGACUCAGUAUGAGCAGGCAUGGACCUUUCCCAAUCACACAUUCCUCUGCUGUAAGAAAUCCUUGGAGUGGUGGAGGGGAAUCCGUGUCCAGCUCAGCCAGCAGCCAAACCUACCAUGCCAUACCUCAUCAAUACUUGCAGGCGGAGAAGUAUUGGGGCCAGGCACCAGGACCUGCUCCACCUCCGCUGCUGACCCACCUGUUACCGCCAUCCCACCAGAGCGUCAGGUUACCACCACAAGGCAGUCAUGCCACGUCGUCAAGGGCCGUGACCCCGCAGAGCUCGCCCACGGAGACUGUGAUCUUACCCUGCGGAGGCCAUUGCGUCUUGUUCGAAGCCUUCUGCCACAGGUUCCUACAGGUGGCGCUGGCAGGUGGGGUGGUGAGCGGUAGCAUCCUGACUGGGGCGGGACUGCUGGCAGGCCCUGACGCGGGCCCGCUGGCCUACAUCGGGUGCCUCACCGCCCUGGUCAGCGCCCUGCUCCUCGCCGUGCAGGCCCGCUCGCGCCCUCGCCGGCGGCCGCACCGGCAGGCCCUGCGGGAAGAGAUCCCAUUGCGCGACAUCUCGUCCGCCCAGUGCCAGUCCUUCAGCCAGCCCUCUCCUCCCUCCUUCAGGGAGGAAAGUGGAAUACCCUGGUGGAGAAGAGAAAAUAUCGAUUGAAAUGUACCCUCAAGUGCUUCCUUAAUGUGAUCGUGUGUUCUUUUAGAUUAAUUUAUCAAAUUAAGCAUGAACUAAUAAAUAAUUAUUUUUAUAUUGCUUUUGUCAAAGUGUUAAAUAUUAUAAAAACGUGCCUUUUCACUAAUUAGUUGUACGUUUUGAUGUUAAACUGUGGCCAUUAGUUUAAAGAUUUUAUAUAUGUAUAUUUAUAAAGAAUAAUAUAUGUAUUGUUUAUAAUGUAAAUCAUAUGAAAUAAAUUAUACCACCAGUAUGAAGCUGCCGCUCUUUGUGCUAUUUAUUAAAUGUUGGCUUGUUUGAUGAGAAGCUACCUAAAACUUAGAUUAGCAUGAAUACUAAGCAUCUAGUCUGGUGUGCUAAUGAAUAUUUAUUUAUUAAGAUUUUUAACAUUCGUAUUUAUUGAAAUAAACAGCCCA